GAAUCUAUGAUGCCUAUAUAUGCUUGCUCUUCUUUGUUGGUAAGGAGAGGAGAGGAAAUGGAUGAGGAUUUGCAGCAAGAUAUUGUCAUUGUUGGGGCUGGGAUUGCAGGGCUUGCCACUGCUCUAGGACUCCACAGGCAGGGUUUGAAAAGCUUGAUUUUAGAGUCACAUGAUGCCCUACGAACAGCGGGGUUUGCACUCACCGUAUGGACCAAUGCGUGGAAAGUUCUUGAAGCUCUUGGUGUUGCCGACACCCUACGCCAACAGCAUGUCAAAAUUCAAAGGUCAAGCAUCACUUCCUUAGUAGUUGGGUCCACUUCAUACGUGCCAUUCACAGGUCAUGGGAACUGUGGGGAAUUUGAAACCCGUUGUGUGAGGAGGGACUUGUUGGUGGAAGCACUUGUAAGAGAAAUGCCCAAUGGUUCAAUCAAGUUUGGAGCAAAAGUGGUAAAUAUUGAAGAGAAGCACAACGAAUCCCCUCUUUAUCUUAUUCACUUAGCCGAUGGGACAAUUAUCAAAGCCAAGGUAUUGAUCGGGUGCGAUGGGGUGAACUCAGUUGUAACAAAGUGGUUGGGGUUUGAAAAACCAGCCUUCGUGAGGCGCUCAGCCAGCAGAGGUUUAGCAGAAUACCCAGGUGGCCACAACUACAAGCCUGAUUUCUUGCAAUACUUUGGUGACGGGUUUCGAAUGGGGUUCUUGCCCUGCAAUGACAAAUCCAUGUACUGGUUCUUCACUUGGAGCCCUACCCAGCAAGAAAAAGGUAACGAGGACGAUCCCAUGAAAAUGAAACAAUUAAUCUUGGAAAAGAUGGAGGGAGUGCCAGAAGAAGUGCGACAGGUGAUCGAGAAGACGGAAUUCCAACAUGUGAUAACAUCUCCUCUAAGGUGCACAUGGCCGUGGCGUCUGUUAAGGGGAAACAUAUGCAAGGGGAACGUAUGCGUGGCCGGAGAUGCAUUCCAUUCCAUGACUCCUGAUGUUGGCCAAGGAGGAUGCACAGCUUUAGAGGAUGGUCUAGUCUUGGCAAGAUGUUUGGGGGAAGCCAUUUUAAGUGGAGAUGAAGGAAAGGAACAUAAGAAGAUCCAAAAUGCAUUGAAAAAGUAUGCUGAGGAAAGGAGAUGGAGGGCCAUUAAAAUCAUAACUUUUGCUUUUGUAUUUGGAACGAUACAACAAAGCCGGGGGAGAAUCAUGAAUUUUGUGAGGGACAGACUGUUGGCCAAGAUGAUGCAGAGGAAGUUGUUGGCAAUUUCUGAUUUUGAUUGUGGGAAGCUUUCUGCCCCUUAAUAAUGGGACAAUAAAAUGUUUCAACAGCCAAAGACUCUUUCUUGAAACAAAGCGAUUGGUAGUAUGUAUUUAUGUUAAAAAAAGAGUCCUCGUGUGAAAUGUAAUAGUACAACUGUUCUUGUGCUCGACUGUACUGCAGGACACUUGGGAGAGAACAGUUAAUGAGGUUAAUGAAAAAGGAAAAUGGUUUGAUAGGGCUAAAACCCUAUCAAAAUAAGUAAAGCCUCACCUUAUAACUAAUCAACAAUUACUGUUGAA